AUGGAGAUUGUCCAUGAGUACACAAAGCCCCGCAGGGAUUUUGGCCGCCAAUGUCUUUUUUCUGACCGACCGGCGGAACUUCUUGCGGACGUACCUCCCGAUUUGGACCUUGCGCUCCAGUUCAUGACGAGAAGCAAGAGCGCUCAGGCGCUGCAGUGUUCGAGGGACAUGUCCGAACACCAGGUAAACACAGAGAGGUUUGAAUCAGAAAGCCGUGGAAUAAACCACGUGGAAGGGGGGUGGCCCAAAGACGUUAACCCCCAAGAGAUGGAGCAAACCAUUCGUUUUAGGAAGAAGGUUGAGAAAGAUGAGAACUACUUGAACAGCCUCAUGCAACUUGGCGAUGUUAUAGGGCACUGCGUUGGACAGAACACCGCCGUUGACAUCUACCAGAAGUACUUUGAAGAUGAAGAGCCACGGGACCAAAGUCAGGAACCGCCAUCUGCUAAGACCAUCAAUGUUUUCAGAGAUCCGAACCAGGUGAAGCGAACCGUCACCUGCCUGUCCUGGCACCCCGACGGGGGACGGAAACUGGCUGCUGCCUACUCAUGCUUGGAGUUCCAGAAAGCUUCCACAGACUUGAGCCCUGAUGCAUACAUCUGGGACAUGGAGAAUCCCAACAAGCCUGAGCUGACCCUGAAGCCGGCGUCUCCUCUUGUCUGUUUGGACUACAAUCCCAAAGAUCCGCACACUCUUGUCGGCGGGAGCUACAAUGGACAGAUCGUGUUCUGGGACACCCGUAAAGGCAGUCAGCCCACAGAUGUUUCCUCUCUAGAGCAGAGUCACAAGGAUCCAGUCUACAAAGCCAUUUGGUUACAAUCCAAGACUGGGACAGAAGCCUUCUCCGCAUCCACCGAUGGACAGGUCCUAUGGUGGGACGUCCGUCGGCUGAGCGAGCCUACAGAGCAGUUAAUUCUGGACCUGGGUCGGGAAGGAAACCUAGAUCGGGCAUUGGGAGCCAUCUCUCUGGAGUUUGAAGCCACCAUGCCAACCAAAUUCAUGGUGGGGACCGAACAGGGCACUGUGGUGUCCUGUAACAGGAAGGCAAAGACUCCAGCUGAGAAGAUAGUGUGUACCUACGACUGCCACCACGGACCGGUCUACGCCUUGCAGAGGAAUCCUUUCUUCCCCAAAAACUUCCUCACUGUGGGGGACUGGAGGGCUCGAAUUUGGUCCGAGGACAUUAAGGAGUCGUCCAUCAUGUGGACGAAAUACCAGAUGUCGUGCCUGACAGAUGCCUGCUGGAGUCCUAUUAGACCCUCUGUCUUUUUCACCGUGAAGAUGGAUGGCGUGCUGGACAUCUGGGACGUCUUGUUUAAGCAGACCGAGCCCACGCUGAGUGUGAAGGUGUGUGAUGAAGCUCUGUAUAGCUUGCGUCUGCAUGAGAGCGGACGCCUGGUGGCUUGCGGUUCUCAGCAGGGUUCUGCUACAAUACUGGAGAUCUGUUCCGGACUGUCCAACCUCCAGAAGAAUGAAAAAAGUCUUAUGGCUGAAAUGUUAGAGCGAGAGGCCAAGCGAGAGAAGAUCCUGGAAGCUCGUCAGAAAGAACUGCGCCUGAAGGAAAGGAGUCGCUCCGAGCAGAGCCGAGAGGACGAAGCGGGCCGAGACGCGGCCGAGCGUGAGGAGACUCCCGAGCAAUUUAUUGCCAGAGCUGAGCAGGACUUCUUCAGCAUGGUGGAAGCUGAGAAGAGGAGGAGGCAGGAAAGGGAGGAGAUUGGCUCAUAGAUGGACGGCAGAUGAAAAGAGCACACCAGCAGAACUCAUCUUGGUGUGAAGCUAAAUAAGUACUGGUGAGCUGCAGCCACCAUUUUGAAUCAGAUGGGUGGGGGGGGCGAGGUCACGUAGGACCACUUCCCUAACCAGAUCCAAAAACUAAAACGCAGAAAUUGUGCCACGGGAGCAAGAAGUUUGCUGAUGAAGAAAUGGAGAUUGAGCGGCCCCGUGAUUUAUUCAUGCCGGUUAGCGUAAAAGUGUUGCAACGAGGAACUCGUCCCUCAAGGAUGCUUCACAGUCAGCACCUCAGCAAAUCAUUGACAGCUGUCAAUUAAACAGAGUGCUUUUAUUAGGCAGAGUAGCGCUAGGCUCAUUUUUUUUAAUGCUGCAAGCACACGGUAGAUUAUUUUCUUUUCCCCCCAACAGAGAACUGAGAAAACCUGUCCGUGACCGACGUAAAACGCGGCCCCGUCGCAUCUAUUAUUCACAAAAGCAAGCGAGAGCAGCUGGUUUCCAGCCUCAUUAGACCCAGAUCACACCAAGACGCUGUGAUACAAUGGUCCAUCUGAUUGCACCACUCGCAGUGAAGAUCAAGCAAUUUGCGAUCGCUCCAAGCGACACAUCAAGGAGGAAUAAAGGAUUAGAAAGGAGAAUAUUUCGGAUAGUAGGGGUGAAACGUAAACAUCUCCAUAAGACGCCAAAAGCCGUCCCGGCGGAUUUGGCCAUCCUAUCGAGCUGCCCUAAGCCUGUCACUCACCUUAAUUUGGCGGCUAAUAAGGAAAAUUGCCACAGAAGGGGCCUUUCAGUUCACACACAGAUCACACAAAUCGAUAUUUUAGAAAUAUUCCGUCUCUGUUUCGCAACUACUGGUUAUUUGUCGGUGCAAAUUUGCUGCCUCUUUUUCCCGCUAGGGCGCAAAACAGCCAAAUCUUUUAGUGAGAUUCAUUUAGAAAAGUGGAUGAAGAUGGAAAGCUGGAAAUUGGAUGGAGGUGGGGGGGAGAGGAAAGAAGGAGAAAGUGAGUAAGUGGGAAGUGCGUGAGGCUGCGGUUUUGUCUCUGUAGAAUUGGUGCAAGCUUAGGCAAUUUUUUUUUUGGGAUGAUCCAAUUAAAUGAAAAUGUAAAUAGUAAAUAAUCCCCUCACUCUAACUCCCCUUCUUUGUUUAUAAAUCCUUUCUAACAUCCAGAUGUAGACCAUUAUAGUGGAUAUCAUUAGCACUGAGUGGGUAUAAUAAGUUGCUUAGCUCAGCAAAUUUCAAAUAUCCUGUUUGGGGAUAGAAAUGAUGCAGUGUGGAGGAUUUCUUUUUUUUUUUUAAUGGAUUUUUGCUUGCACUGCAUAUGCCUGUUAUCUAGUUUGGAAUUUGAAGGUAAUGCAACAAAUAAUAAAUGGGAAAUAUUAAAUGAAUGCAAUUGAAGUCAAAUGGAUCUUUUUUUUUAAUACCGCUGUGCCGGUAUCACUUUUGCUGAUGUAACUGACCUCAUUAGCAGGAGUACCUAAUGAAAUGUCCCGCAUAUAUCCAUGUUAGCAUGUCGGCAAAUUUGCUAUCAAGCCAAGGCGCUGCAGUUAUUAUGAAUUAUGAAUGCUUUGACUGAGUAACUGGCUUCAGCUUUGGAGUCAUAAAGCAUUCAGAAGGCCCAAACCGUAAAUUCACUUGUCUACCUUGUUCUCCAUGUCCACGUCAGGGUUAAUGAAAAUUGAGGUGUUUUAUGGCAGAUGACGGCGCUGAUUCUGUACCCGGUCAUGAUGCUGCACAAGUAUUUAUGCUUGGUUUGUUUCUAUUUGAGUUUCUGGUGCCCGUGUGUGUGUGCGUGUGUGAGUACUGCAAUACAUCAUCUCUCAUGUCACUGUUUCUGCACAGCACUGUCCUAAAAAAAAAUGGUGGUGAUUUAAUAGGUUGCGGGAUUAGUAGUGACAUUUUUCUACCGGCGAUGAAGCAAGGAUGCUCUUUUUUGCUUUGGGACGUCCUCUGAGGGGAAAUGAAUGAGUGACAUGAGUAGGGGGUCGAUUGAUGCGGGAUUCCUUUAAAAACUGUUGUGAUGACUUUUUGUGGCCCUACUAGAGUAAAGUGUAAUUAUACAUCCACUACACUAGGUGGCAGUGGCGUUCUCAUUGUCAGAUUUAUUUUUCAUUAUGUGUGAAGCGUCCCUAUAUGUGGGUUUUUUGUAAUAACUUUGCCGAACCUGACCUCGGGGAACUUUUUGGGGCCAUACUCGAAUAAAUUGUAAUGACACAUCCACUACACUAGGUGGCAGUGGUGGCAGUUUGAUCUUUCAUUGUGUAAAUGUGUGAAUCAUCCCUAUAUGUGGCUUUUUACUCUAUUGGUUAUGUGAUUUAGGCAAUAUGUACACU